GUGAAGUGGAUGAUCCUGUUCCCCCCUCCGAAUCUGCCCAGUGCAGUGGUCCAACAUGGCUACCACGGAUGGGAGCAGUGUGGUUGCUCGCGGGCAGCAAACUCUCGUCGCCAACAAUGUUUCAAACGGCUCGGAUCAGCCCCAGAACGGAGCCCAACAGGGGGUGAAAAGGAAAGCAGAGGAUGAUCCAAAUGAUGGUAUCCCUCCUAGCAUGCUCCAGCCGCUCUACUGUAAAGUGUGCAACGUGAGCCUAAACUCCCCUCCACAAGCACGGUCACACUACAAUGGCAAGAACCACGCCAAGAAAGUACGACAAUACCUUAGCAAGACGCAGUUGUCACAGAUGCAAGUCUCACAGGACGAUGAGAGUGAGACUGCAACUGUAGCGCCACCUACAUGUUCCCCUGAGAAGGAAGCAGCAGGGGAAGCGGCGGACGCAGAAGUGAGCGAAGACCCCAGUCGGUUCGACUACUGUAAAAUCUGCGGGGUGACGUUCAACUCUGCCGUCCACGCUCAGUCACACUACCAGGGCAAGCCUCACGCCAAGCGGUUAAAGGCUCUCAUGGCAGCACAGAACAGACAAGACGGCACCGGGGCAGCUACAAGGCAAAAGUCGCAGUUCUUGUGCCAGACGUGCAAUAUCUACCUAAACUCCCAGACUCAGUUGGAAAGCCAUCUGUCCAGUAUGAAGCACCAACGGAAGGCCACGCUGGACAAGCAGACGUCGCAGGCACUGCGGGGGCGCUGGGCUGGGGCUGACACAAGUAAGUGCAGAUGGCAGGGUAGGAACUCCACUUUUCCCCGUGGGGCCAACGUUUGUGCCAGCAUCCUCCCCUGCCCCCUCCCCUCCAGCGACCAAGCCCCCCAGGGUGCCCAAGGACCUCCUGAACUGCAUAACACCAUCGGGGAAGUUCUACUGCGCGGCGUGCAACCUGACGCUGAACUCGGAGGCCCAGUUCCGACAACACCAGGAGAGCAAAAAGCACCGCGCCAAGAAUGCUGCUGCUAAGAAAACGGACGUGCCGGCGGUGCCCACAUGACCAGCGGGAGAGCUGUAGCUCUGGGUUCUCUUAAGUUAUGCAACAGAUUAAAGCUUUUGGCAGGGAAGGAAGUGAGGGGUGCAUUCUUUGACACCAGAUUUGGAGAAAUCAAAUAUCUACUGUUACCGGUAAAGUCAAUCUAUUAAUACCAAAAACAAAGGUAUCAUCUUAAUGAUUCUACUGCAUUUUCUGCAUAAACAGCAGUCAAGCAUGAUUGUCAAAACCCUUUAUGUAGUACUCAAGUUUAUGCCACUUAUGGUAAGAUACAAAGAUACAACUGAUAUGAAGCUGUUUGAUGGGUAAAAACAAACAUUCUGGGAGAAAUCCGUCAUGUUAGUUGAUCUAUACUCAAGACUACAAACAAAUAUGAUUCCUAAUAUGUAAAUGAAGACUAAUUGAGAGCUGUCAGUAUCAAACUUUUUGGAGAAAACAAACUGUCCAUUACUAUAGAUAGCUGCAGUGUUGGUGGAAAUCUGUUGAGAAAAUUAGCCAUUUGCAGCAUAUUGUAUUAUAGCCACUGUGCAAGCUACAGUACUCUUUGUAAGAGUAAGACAAAAGUGCCACCUUGUGGCCCAAGUUGGCAUAGCACCCCUUCCUUCCUUCCCUUAUCAAAGUGUGAUGUAGAUAUUCCUGACUGUGAGUUUAUUUGUCCAAGAGAUUUGUAGUAGAAAGUUGAUACAUGGACAAUAAUUGCUUGUACAUAGAGUGUGCUGUAUUUAUCUAUGGUAAGACUGCUUUCUUGUCUUGCUUUUUUUAGUGCCAAUGUAUUCCUAUCAGUCCAGAUACACAAGAAAGCUGGUAGUGUCAGUUAGUAUUGUUCACUUUUGUCAUUUCAGCAUCAGAAUACUUACCCAUAAAGGUAUUAAACAUACUGUCCUAUCUCCAACUUGAUGCCUGAGAACCCCUACAGAAGGUAUAUGUUACACCAAGAGUGAUACACAUGUGAAAGUUUGCUGUGUUAUAUAUGGACAAUCAUAAUACAGCUCUUCUAUUUUCAAGUUUUGUACAUAUCCACAAUGAUGAAAUUAAACAGUUUGGAGGACAAUAUUGAUUUUAGAAUUUGAAGGUAUUUCUCAGAUAUAAGUAUUCAGUAUUUGUUUUAGUUGCAUUGUUUUAGUAAAGAUUAAAGCUUGUAAACAGAAAUGUUUAUAUGUACAUCUUAUGUGUAUUUAG